CUGGCUGGCAGGGCUCACCAUCUUCAAAAAUAAUGAUAAUGCCCACGCUCUACGGAGUUCUACCACUUGCAAUUGAUUCAAUAGUCUUGACUCUUCCCUCUCGCUCAAAUCCUCUCCCAUAACCAACCCGUCAACUUAAUGGCUACUAGCGACAGUCCAUGCCGUGUCGCCAUACACGUCAAAGUCACCGACAUCGAGGGCGAUCCUCUCGCCAGACACCUCACGCUAGGGCAAGCAUUCUGCACCAGCGUGCUCUCGCGCGACUUCCACAAUCAAAUCCAACCAGACGGAUACGACGCUGUCCAUAAACCUGCGCGCUUCGACUCUGAUGAGGAUAUCUCUCUCAACUUUCUCUACGAUUUGGGCGUCAAGGGCCGGUUGUCUCAGGAUGAAGUGUUGAAGAUUCCACACUCGGUCUAUCUCGCGAGUCGGGAGCAGGGGAAUUGGAACUUUAUCCCUAAACCAAGGCCUAUAGGACAGGUGAAGCUGAGAGCACGGAAGUAUCCUUGGGGAGGCAGGCUGGAGCAGGAUAUGCUCGAAGAACUCCAGAGUCUAGAUACAGGAGUCAAGAGUCUUGAUGCAGAAGUGAAGAGUCUUGAUGCAGAAAGUCUUGAUGCAGAAGUGAAGAGUCUUGAUGCAGAAGUGAAGAGUCAGGAUGCAGAAGUCAAGGUUCAAGAUGCAGAAAUUAAGGUUCAAGUUGCAGAAGUCAAUAGUUAGAUAUGGUAUAACUUACGUGAACAUUUUAUGAUAUAGAACUGAUUCCCAUGUUCGCUCUCUCGCUUUCAUGUCUUCCAUUUCAUCGACAUCUCGUGAAGACGAACGAGUGCUAUCGCCGGAUGUUCCUCUUCUUCAAGUCUUGAACAUCAUCGUCCAAGCAGCAUCAUACCCUAUGUCCUUCAACACCAAGCCAUCCAAUCAACCCCAUCAC